AUGAAGACUAUUAGAUUCAUAUAUUUUCUUGCUUUCUUCAGCCACAUUAAAUGUCAAACUCUUCAGAGAAGUUUACUAGAUGCAGCCAUGCAGCACUCUAAUAGCCAGAAUUAUCUGGAGGAGAACUUAAGAGACAUCAUUAGCAUUAUGGUUGCUCAGUUUCUUCAGAAAUCCACUUAUGAAGAAGUACAAACCAUAGUUAAAGAGUUACUAGAUUUUGCAGAGAAGUGCAAGAGCCUCAAGCUAAAUGAGUCACCUUCAGAAUGCUCUUACCAGUUGAUGGCCACCUUCUUAGAGCGUAUAUGUAAUAACCAAGGAAUGGCUGACAAACAUGAAUAUUCUGACUGUUGAAAUAUAAAUAACACAGCAAGACAUAAGUGCUUCCUAUUAAAUAAAAAUGAUGAAGCAGAUUACAGGGAAAUAUUGCAAAUUCCUAAUCUUGAGCAGAUUUGUGAGGUGAACAAAGAGAAUCAAGUGUUAGUGAAGAAGAGGUACAUUUAUGAAACUUCUAGAAAGCAUCCAUUCUUGUAUGGACCCACUAUUCUGGCCAUGUCUGCUUGCUAUGAAACAGCUGUUCAGUCAUGUUGCCAAGAAGAAAAUAAGACUGAAUGCUUCCAGAUAAAGCUACAACCCAUCAGAAAAUACAUUAGAGAAAUAUCUUUGAGGCAUCACCAUUUAUGUGAAAUUGGGACUAAAUUCAACCACAAAGUAGCAAAAGCAGUGGAAUUGGUUCUGUUGACUAAAAAACAACCUAAUGUUAACUUUUCUGAAAUUGCCAAACUGGCUGCUGAUAUUAAAAAUCUUCAUCAGAUCUGUUGUGAAGGAAAUGCAGUAGCAUGUGUGUUUGGCAGGAGCCAGCUUAUGAAUUACACCUGCUCUAAACAGGCUCUCCUCUCCAGCAAGAUCACUCCAUGCUGUGCACUGCCAGUGCCAUUCAGAGGGGAAUGCAUUAUCAACUCUGAAAAUGACAAUAAACCUCAUCUUUCAUCCCUGCAACUCAGUAGGUUUACAGAAGAUCGAUUUGUAUGCAAACAAUUCACUGACAAGCAAGAUGAUUUCCUACAAGAGUUUCUUUAUGAAUAUUCAAGAAGACAUCCAGAGUUGGCAGUUCCAGUGAUUUUAAGAGUGUAUUCAGUAUAUCAAAAGUUAUUGGAAAAAUGCUGUAAAUUAGAAAAUCCUCUGGAAUGCUAUAGCCAUGGGAAAGAGAUGUUCCAAAGAGUGGUUCAUGAAAGCCACGAGCAUGUUAAACAUCAUUGUGAUUUGCGUGAGAAAUUAGGAGACAGUAACUUCCAUGACAGGCUCCUGGUCCUUUAUACUAAGAAAGCCCCACAACUACCUGCUCAAGAGUUGGUUAUGUUCACAAAGAACAUGGCAGCUGCCACCACCAAAUGUUGCCCUCUGAGUGAUGAACAGCAGUUUGUCUGCAUGGAGGACGCGGCUAAGCUAAUUCUUGGAGCUUUAUGCAGAAGACAUGAGACACAACCUAUCAAUGCUGGAGUGGGUCACUGUUGUGAUGAUUCCUAUGCCUUCAGAAAGCUAUGCUUUGAUGAUCUGCAAGUUGAUGGAACUUAUAUAUCUCCACCUUUAUCCUGUGACCAAAUUAUCAGCCUUAAAGAGGACUUGUGCAAAGCUCAAGAGGAGGAAAUCCAAACUGAAAAGCAAAAGCUCCUCAGCAACCUUGUGAAGCAGAGACCAUAUGCAGCAGAGAUGCAGUUCCAGCCAAUUAUUGUGGAUUUUACUCAGCUGGUGAAGAUGUGCUGCCAAGAAGAAAAACGUGAAACAUAUUUCCAAGAAGAGGCAUCCAAACUGAUAGAAAAGUGCCAGUCUCUCCUAGGAGGCUAA